AUGUUAACUUGUUUAAAUAAUUUAGGGUUAAAAACAUUCGUAGAUGAAUUUAUUUCUCCUGAUAUUCAAUCAAAAUUUUGCACAUUAUCAUUCAACAAUUGUUUUUCAAAUGGUUCAAUAAGUGAUUUGGUUCUUCGUCAAAAUAACACUGAACUUUUAUCAUGGAGUGAUUUCAGUUGUUUUUCAUCAAUUAAUACACUCAGAUUAUAUAACUCCUAUAUAGAAUCGGAUUUUAUAUAUAAUCCAAUUUCAACAAUCAAACAAUUAUAUUUAUAUCCAAAAUCUAAUAUUGAUUCAAUUUAUCAAGUGGUUCCAAAAUAUGAUGUAUUAACAUUAAGCAAUUUAACAAAUUCAUAUGUUUUAAAAGCAUCAUAUUUAAAAAAUGUUAAAUUUCUUAAUAUAUUUGGAGGUUUUAUUAUAUUUGAUACUGAAGGAGAUCAAAGUAAUAGUGAAUUAGAAUCUUUAAGCUUCACUUCAGAUUCACUUCCAAUUUUAACAGGUUUUCCAAAAUUAAAACAAUUAUCAAUAUACUCUGGCCAAAAUUCAAUUUUCAACGAAUCUUCAUUAGGAAAUUUGGUACCUCUAAAUAAAUUAACCUCUUUAACAAUUGAUAUAAAUACACCAGAUGUAGAUAUAUUUAGCCAUAUAAUUUCAAUAUCUAAUUCUAGUUUGUUAAAUAUCUAUUUUGGAAGUGGCAUUAAAAUGGGACCAGCAAAACAAAAAUAUGAUUUUUCAAUUUUUGAAAAUAUGACUCAAAUUUCAUUAUUUGGAGAUAAUAAGUAUUUCAAUUUUGAAGGACAAUUUCCAUUCUCUUCUUUACCACCAAAAUUGACAUAUCUUAUAUUUCCAAAUGGUAAUUUUUCAUUCCCAGAUAUUAAAUUUUUUGAAAAUUUUACAAGUGUCGGGUUCAACUCUAUUUCCAGGUCAAAUGUUUAUGGUACACUACCAAAGUAUACACUAUCAAAGAAAGUUUCAUUUUCAAUGAGUAAUAAUAAAUUAACAGGAACAAUUGAUAAAAGUUGGUGUAAUAUCAAUUCAGAUUUUUCAAAUAAUCUAUUUAGUGGUGAACUUCCUGAAUGUUUUUAUUGUUUUUUAAAUGAUUCAAGUGUUUCAAAGUUUUUAAAAGGAAAUAGUUUUACAAAUUUUAAUACAAAUAAUCAAGAUUGUGGAUAUUCCCAAAUUUCAAUAUAUAGUAUUAAAUUUAGUGCUUUGGGGAUAUCAUUUAAUAUUUAUGGUAAAAAUAUGGGACAUUAUCAAAAUAUAAUUGCAACUCCUCCUUUAACUUUAAGUGAUAAUAAUCUUGAUGGUUCAAUUUCAGGUUAUUUGUCAACACCUGUUGGAAAUUUAAAAACAGUUGAAUUUAGAUUAAAAUCACCAGGAAUAAACUUUACUAUUGCUGUAAAACCUGAAAAUCCUACAAUAGAUAGUAUCACUCAAAAUAACAAUACAUUUACUAUUUAUGGUACUUAUUUCUCAUAUAAUCAAUCAUCAAUCAAUGUUAUUAUUGGAAAUAAUAUUUGUAAUGUUUUCUCAUCAACAUUUUAUCAAAUUCAAUGUGAAAUUGGCUAUCCUGUUGUUGAUAAAGGUAUUAUCAAUCUAAAGGUAACAGUCGAAGAUAAAUUUUCAUCAAGUAAAUCAUUUGAAAUAACUCAAACUAAUCAACCAUGUCAUCCAAAUGAUUGUAAUGGAAAUGGUGUUUGUGAUCAUGUUUAUGGUGUUUGUAAAUGUAAUAGUAGAUGGGUUACAAUUGGAAAUCAAAUUUGUUUAAUUACAAAUCAUUUCAUUUCAUCAUCUACUCAAGUUGAUUCAACAACAGGUGGUAAUAUAACGUUAUAUGGUUCCUUUGGACCUGAUCAUCUAUCAUACCAAUUAAUAAUUGAUGGUUUAAAUUCAACAAUCUUUUUUAUUGAUGAUAAUUCAAUUCUAACAUCAAUAGAACCGGGUACAGGUGGAAAAUUAAUAACAUUCAUUCAAAACAGUAUUACAUGGAGUGGUACAGUUUAUCCAUACAUUAUUAAAUCUUUCAAAUGUCCAAACGAUUGUGGUGGAAAUGCUCAAGGUAACUGUAAUACAUUAAAUGGUCAAUGUGAUUGUUUAAAGGGAUAUACUGGAUUCGAUUGUAGUCCAUUACCAAUUGUUAAAACAAAAGAUGAACCAUCAUCAACAACAUCGGUUGCUUCAUCAGGUUUAACAACAAUCUCAAAUGAACAAACUGGUUAUCAACUUUCAAUUAACUCUGUGGUUGAAAUUGAUUUUAAUGGUAAAGAAAUUCCAAAUUCUUUAAUUAAACUUUCAGGUAAUUGGAAAUUGGAAAGUAAUCAAAACUCAAUUUCAAUAUUUAAACAACAAGUAGAAAAUACUAUAUUUAUUUUAACUAUUGAAGAGAUUGAAAAUUCUGAUAAACAAUUCUCAUUUGCUGGUAAUAAUUUCACAGUUUCUAAAGGUGGUAUUAAAAUUUCUUUCUCAAUUUCAAAUUGGAAUUAUCAAAGUAAUUUAAAUACACUUAGAGUAGAAAUGAUAUCAGAUAUUAAAAUCGAUGAAAAUAAAGAUAUAAAUAGCUGUAAUGAUGAUAAUAGUCAGCCAUCAUUUGAAUCAUCAUCAAAUUCUCAAAGUGAUACUGGUAAUUUAAAUUAUCUUAAAUUUUCAAUUAAUGGUAAAAUACUUCAAGGUAGAUUCCAAGAUAAAAUGCUAUCCGAUGGUAGACCAACUUCAACAUUUUCAAAAGUAUUAUCUAAAACUAAUAAUAUGGUAACUCUUGGUUUAGAUUUACCACAUUGUAUUGAAUGUUUAUUAGAUCCUGAUUUUUCAGUUUUGUUGAGCCCAGAUUUUAAAUCAUCAGAUUCUUGUAAAUCAGAUGAUAAAAAACCAUGGUUAAUUCCUGUUGUAGUUGUCAUACCAGUUGUUGUAGUUGCAACCAUCAUUACUGUUAUUAUUGUAUUGGCAAAGAAAAAUAGUGUUAAACUUAGAAUUGUUGAUUUAAAUAAACCUUUACAAGGAACAGCAACAGUACAAUCAAAAGAAAAAACUACAUUAAAGGUAAUUGAUCCAAUAAAGAAUUUCCCAGAAUUACAAAAUAAACCAGAACUUGAAAUGGCAAAAUUACUUCAAAUGUCUGAAAAAGUUAAUAAAGAUGAAUUAGAACCAAUUGAAAAAUAUAAUAUAGAAAAUGGAAAUAAUGAUGAUGAAGAUAAUGAAGAUGAAGAUGAUAAAAUGGAAGAUGAAGACGAUGAAAAUGAUGAGAAUAAAAACAGUGAAAAGAAGAUGUCACAUAGAGAAAAGUUUUUAUUAAAAAGAAAAUUAAAAAAUGAAGUAGUAACAUUAAAAGAACAACGUAAAAAAUGUAAAAAGACAAACUUUGUUCAAAAGAAAGAGAAGAAAUCACUUUCACAAGAAAUUCAUGAAAAAGUAAAUGCAACCUUAAAAAAGAAAAAAUUAAAAGAGAAAACUUAA